AUGGCUACCAACGCCACCGGCUUCACCUCGGUUCUGGUCGACGGCAAGCUGGCCGCCGGAAACCUGCCGCCGCAAAUCGACUAUCUCGUCGACACCAUCGCGAACGCCAGUGUCAUGACAUGGAUAUUUACCAUUGUCGCCUUGGCUGUCGCAUACGACCAGAUUAGCUACUUGCUGCAAAAGGGCAACAUCGUUGGGCCAAUGUUCAAGGAGCCUUUCAUGGGCCCUUUCCUCCAGUCCUUAAACCCCAAGAUGGAGGAAUACAUCGGGAAGUGGGAGAGCGGCCCUCUCAGCUGCGUCUCGGUCUUCCACAAGUUCGUCGUGAUCGCAUCCACCCGCGACCUAGCCCGCAAGAUUUUCAAUGCCCCAGCAUACGUCAAGCCCUGCGUCGUCGAUAUCGCUACCAAGAUUCUCGGAGAGGAUAGCUGGGUCUUUAUGGACGGGAAGACCCACGUUGACUACCGCAAGGGUUUGAACGGUCUCUUUACCCGCAAGGCUCUUGAGUCCUACUUGCCCGGCCAGGAGGCCGAAUACAAGCGAUACUUUGCCCGAUUCCUCAAGAUCACCAAGGAUGCCGGUGGCGAGCCUGUCCCUUUCAUGCACGAAUUCCGCGAGCUCAUGUGCGCCGUUUCGCUCCGCACCUUUGCCGGCUACUACAUGGCCGACUCUGCCAUCAAGAAGAUCGCUGAUGAUUACUACCUCGUUACCGCCGCUCUCGAUCUUGUCAACUUUCCCAUCAUCGUCCCCUAUACCCGAACCUGGUACGGCAAACGGGCUGCGCAGAUGACCAUGGACGAGUUCGCCAAGUGCGCCGCCAAAUCCAAGGUCCGCAUGGCCGCUGGUGGUGAUGUCACCUGCAUCAUGGACGCCUGGGUCAAGGACAUGAUAGAUUCCAAAAGGUGGCGCGAGGCCAGCGAGAAGGGUCUUUCCACCGAGGGCCUUGUCAAGCCUGCUCCUCUGAUCCGCGACUUCUCGGACAUGGAAAUCUCCCGUACUAUCUUCACUUUCCUCUUCGCUUCUCAGGAUGCCACCAGCAGCGCCGCCAUCAACUUGUUCCAAGUGUGCGCGCAGCGACCUGAAGUUUUGGACAAGGUUCGCGAGGAGAACUAUCGUGUGCGUAACGGCGAUGUGCAUGCUCCUGUCUCUAUGGAUCAGCUUGAAUCAAUGACCUACACCCGCGCGGUCGUGCGCGAGCUCUUGCGAUGGAAGCCCCCUGUCAUCAUGGUCCCGUACAAGGCCAAGAAGGCCUUCCCAAUCACACCGGAAUACACGGUGCCCAAGGGUGCCAUGAUCAUACCCACCACCUACAUGGCACUUCGUGACCCUGAGGUUUACCAGAACCCGGAUGAGUUCGACCCGGAGCGUUACUACUCGGGGGAUGCCGAGGAGAAGGGUGCCAAGAACUACCUCGUCUUCGGCACUGGUCCUCACUACUGCCUCGGUCAGCAGUAUGCUCAGCUUAAUCUUGUACUUUUCCUCGGAAAGGCGUCCCUGCUUAUGGACUGGAAGCACCACGCGACGCCCGACUCGGAGAAAAUCAAGGUUUUCGCCACUAUCUUCCCCAAGGAUGACUGCCCCUUGACCUUUGAGGAGAGGAAGUGGUAG